AUGAACCGAGCUCUUACUGCUGAUGUUGUGGAUGGGGAGAUUGAAGUGGCCCUCAAACAAAUCAAUCCUAACAAAGCCUCCAAACCAGAUGGCAUGACUUUAAAACUUAUUCUAGCUUUUUGGGACAUUGUUGGGAAGGAUAUAAUGGAAGAAAAAUUUGAGGUAGAAAUUAAACUAGACAUUGGCAAAGCCUAUGAUCAAGUGGAAUGGGGAUAUACUGAAGCGAUUAUGCGAAGAGCUUAUAACAGUCAGGUUAUUCGAUCAAUUCUUGAGGAUUAUGGUUUAGCGUCUGGUCAGCAUUUUGGAAGGAAAGAAGAUUUUAAACCUGUGUUCGAGAUGGAGAUCAGAUCAACAUAUGGGAUGAUGCUUGGUUGUCUAGACCUUCUACUUUCUGAAUUUUUUCAAGGAGGUCCUCCAGUGUACAGAGAGUUGCUGAUAUCAUGGUUCCUAAUCCUAGGAGAUGGAAUGUCAACCAAUGUCAGAUUUGUUUAA